AUGGAAAAAUCAGAGAAGCGUGCGGUCAUCAAAUACUUCUAUUUAAAAGGCCUAACAUCAUUACAAAUUAAAGAAGAGCUGGAUUCCACACUGAAAGACUCUUCUCCAUCAUAUUCAACGGUUAAACAGUGGGUUUCUGAAUUUAAGAAAGGUCGCACAAGCACUUCUGACGAUCCACGUUCAGGACGCUCCGUUGAGGUCACAACUCCCGAAAUGAUUGAAAAAAUUCAUAAAAUAGUAAUGGAGGACCGCAGAUUAAAAGUAAGUGAGACAGUUGAGGCUACUAGGAUGUCAACUGAACGUGUGCGCAAUAUUUCACAUGAACAUUUGAGCAUAAGGAAGCUCUGUGCUAGGUGGGUGCCACGUUUGCUAACGUUCGAUCAAAAAUUUACCCGGAAAACUGUUUCAAUCAAAAAUUUGGCGCUGUACAAGCGAAACCCCAGCGAAUUUAUGGGUCGAUUUAUAACUGUGGAUGAAACUUGGAUUCACCACUACACUCCUGAAACUAAACAACAGUUGAAACAAUGGAUUGGACCAGGUGAACCAACCCCAAAGUAG